UGCGCGAGGCGUUACGUCAGCGGCAAACGUCUCUCCAGACCGACUCAACGUUCAGAGGAGGUGACCGGUCGGCGGGAGGCUUUCUGAGCGGUAAAUAAGGCGAGAAGAGGGAGACCGACAUUCAAGUGUGAAGAUGCAGCUUAAAUCUUCUCUACUGUGCCUUCUUUUAUUUUACUUUCCUUUCCUAUUGGCCAAAAGAGGUGGAAGCUUAGGGAAGAGCCUUGGUGGAAGAAAGGGGUCCACACCCAGCCGAAGUGCCACUAACAGCAAUACGUGGCACAAAAGCAAUCAGGGCUCCAAUCCUCAGGGUGGACAACCCAAACAGCCAAAACAAAACAACCAGGGAGGAUACCCAGGUGGUUACCCCAGGCAGCAGGGUGGAGGCUACUACAACCCGUACCCAGGUAUGGGGUCACCAUAUAGUAACAGAGGGUACCCAGGUGGAUACAUCAAUGCCAACCCAAAUAACAAAAUUUUAAGCCCUCGCUAUGGUGGCAGCUUUGGCUACGGAGGGUAUGGCUCCAGAGGUGGCUCUCCAUUUUCCCAGUCAGUUCAGGGAAUGGGUUUAUUUCCUAACAGUAAAUCCAAAGGGUUUGGGCGCUCAGCAGUGAUGGCAGCGGGUGGAGGGGCUGUGGUGGGGAUGGCUCUUGGUUACGGACUAGGAAGGUUCCCCCGGCCCGAUUUUCAAUUUCACAACCCCCAACAGGAGUACUACUACAACCACUACAUGCACAGGAAAUAUGGUACCCGAUCAACUGACACCAACGACUACAGCAGAGAUUAUAGCUUCAAAACUCCCUCAGGAAGCUACGACAACUUCAUGGACGACUGCGUGAAGACAAUUGACCUGUCUGCAGAGAGUCAGAAGCCACCAAGUAAACCAAUCAGCAGGACCCCAAGUGAGGCGUCCAGCCCUUUAACCAACAACACGACAAAUGCUACCACACCUGCAAGUCCAUCGCCACAGGAAUCCAGUAGUGCUGAAGACGACGAUACAGUCAGCAUAGUAGAGAUUGGCUAUCCGGCACUGAUCGAGCAGCUGAAGGCCAGGAAGUGCUUGGAGCGUUACAUGGUUGAGUUUGAUCAUUACUUAGUGAGACGUAAUGGAGGAGGUGCCGACGCUGGGCCUGCCGGGGGUUUUAUCUGCAGCCUUUGCUACAACACUGAUUAUAAUUAAUAGCAACGUGAUCAUGUUCCUGCACUGACACCAUUUGCAGGGUAAAUCAGUUGAGAUUUUGCCAUCCUCCUCUACCUGGAGAAAUAUUAAAACAUGGAAGAAGA